GUAUCUCAGGUUUAUGGUUUUUCUUAUGUCAACUUUGAUUUUAGUUUCAACAGUUUUUCUGCCUGUGACUAUAAUACUGCAUGUAAAUGCUCUACAGGACUUCUACAAGGCCAAUACCAUGGUAAACAACUUG